AUGGCCCCUGGAGGCGGAUUUGCCCCCACACGCUUGGGAGAGGCCCAGGGGCUGAGAGGGGAGGGCUCGCUGCUCAGCCUGAGGGUUCCUUGCACACUGACGCCCCUGCUGGGCAGGGGGAAGCUGGCGCUGGGUUUCCCUGCUGUGGGCUUGGCCUGGUGGGUCUCUGGACCCAGCAGUGCAGACAGCAAGAAGGUGCUGCAGAAGCACAGUUGUCUGUCCUCAGGCUCGGGGGGCGAAGUCCAUGCUGAGCCUGCUCGGGAGACAGCAGCCAUUCCCUGCGUGUCUCCUCCAGGCCGAGCCGUCAGCAAGGAGCUCCGACCCAUCCCUCUUCUCAUCUUGUCCCCAGACUGCCUCGGCUCCCCGGUGUUUACUCCCAUCAAGGCAGACAUAAGUGGCAACAUCACGAAAAUCAAAGCCGUUUAUGACACCAACCCGGCGAAGUUCCGGACGCUGCAGAACAUCCUGGAGGUGGAGAAGGAGAUGUACGGAGCACAGUGGCCCAAAGUGGGGGCCACGCUGGCGCUGAUGUGGCUGAAAAGGGGCCUCCGCUUCAUCCAGGUCUUCCUCCAGAGCAUCUGUGACGGGGAGCGUGACGAGAACCACCCCAACCACAUCCGCGUCAAUGCCACCAAGGCCUACGAGAUGGCCCUCAAGAAGUACCACGGCUGGGUCGUGCAGAAGAUCUUCCAGGCAGCGCUGUACGCGGCCCCCUACAAGUCUGACUUCCUGAAGGCACUCUCCAAGGGGCAGCCCGUGACGGAGGAGGAGUGCCUGGAGAAGACCCGCCUCUUCCUGGUCAACUUCACGGCCACCAUCGACGUCAUCUAUGAGAUGUACACCAAGAUGAACGCCGAGCUCAGCUACAAGGUGUAGGCACCCCGAGGGACAUGCGGCCGCUCGCGGGAACAGGCCACCUGAGUCACU